AGAAAUCUUAUCCACAAAAAAGAGGACACAAAUUAAUUGGCCUUUCUCUGAAAAUUUUCCAAAAACCCAAGAAAACUACAAAGAAAGCCUUCAAAGUUCAAACCCCAAAAAUCAAAAUUCAAUUAACCAUGGCAUCAACAUCCUCAUACAUGGCCUUAACUAAAUUCUCAAUGUUUGGCAGGACAGGUGGGAAAACAGAGAUGAGAAAGAGAAAUCACGUGUUCUCCAUUUCAGCUCAGCAAAAAACUGGAGUUCAAGAACCACAGGAAGUGAAAGUACCAGAAGAGCCAGAGAAGAAGCAACCAGAGACAUACAAGCAGCCACUAAGACCAGUUGAACCACAAGUGAAUGUGGAGAGCAAGAACAUGAGCGUAGAGUAUGGAGGGCAGUGGCUCAGCAGUGUCACCCGGCACGUCAGGAUUUACGCGGCCUACAUUGAUCCGGUCACCUGCGCAUUUGAUCAAACGCAGAUGGAUAAACUGACCCUCAUUCUUGAUCCAACCAAUGAAUUCGAGUGGACAAGUGAAACUUGCAACAAAGUUUACGGUUACUUCCAAGAGCUAGUUGAUCACUAUGAGGGUGCACCAUUGACAGAAUACACGCUCCGUCUAAUCGGAUCGGACAUAGAGCACUACAUUCGGAAGCUGCUGUAUGAUGGGGAAAUCAGAUACAACAUGAAUGCAAGGGUGCUCAACUUCAGCAUGGGGAAACCACGCAUUGGAUUUAAUUACAGUGAUGACCAAAUUCAAGAUGUAAACCAACAAGCUUGAGAACCAAAAUGUCAAACCUUAGGGACACAAAACACAGAGUGGCAAUAAAGUUUGAGGGUUGUAACAUGUCAGUAAUAUGAGUACAUCAACUUCAAUGGUAGUAUGUGCAUUACAAGUGAUCCAAGGUUGCAGACUUGCAUUAUGUACAUAAAUACCUUUAGUCAAUUAGUUGACACCUGAUCAAAUUUUCAAACAAUUUAUCUAAUUUCCAGUUUCAAA